CCAAGGCACGAACGACGUCUGAUUUUCCUCCGGAAACUUAUUCCAAAUUCGGAUUAGCCAAUAUUCCCAUGCCAAGCCGUUGAGGCUCCUCGAGGUGUCCGGAGCUAAUGUGUGGGGGUGUCAACGCCGGCAAUAGCCGAACCCCAGACUUUCGGUUUCACCUUUCCCGAAUUCAGCUUGUAUGAUAUAUCCAACAAUUCCGAAAUCUAACCCAUUUGUCUAUAAAUUUACCAUACCCUUUUACAACUCUCCCCUCUCUCCUAUUGCGAUCUAGAAAAGAGCCUUUUGGAAUAAAACAUACGGCUGAGAUGGUAUUACUCACCUCGUUAAGAGCAUCAUUCUGUGUUGGAGUUGCCAGGGCCCGAUUGCUACCCCCACCGAGUACCGCUAGAUACUUUGCGUCCUCGGUGAUCGCUCGGCAGAAUGCUCCGAUGAAGCAGCCGCCGCACUCUGAUAGGUUUGCCCACAAUGGUCAUUCGGAGGGAGGACUGGGGAGAUAAUGGGUUAAUGUUGGGAUAGUGUGCUGUUCCCUGGAGCGGUGAAUUCAAAGUUCACCCAUGAGCUCAAGUUCCAAAGGCCGCAGGACCUCCCGGCUAUCCCAACCUAUAGGUUGAUUGAUACUCACGGGGAGGUUGUAGACAAGUCGAGAGAGCCGGACAUUAGUCAGGAGUUGGCAUUGAAGAUGUAUAAGGAUAUGAUUACCAGUAGGUCCCCCCUGUCGUUUCCGUGAGGCGAAUUAAAUUGGAACUAGAAAGUAGGUGUUGACUACAGCGGCGGGUGUAGCUAGCAUUAUGGAUUUACUCAUGUUAGCUUUAGAUUCGAGAUUGCGGGUGCUGGAAGUAUGGGGGUGCUGACGAGAAUGGUUAGGUACGAAUCCCAACGUCAGGGGCGGAUAAGUUUUUAUAUGGUAUGGAAAUAUGGUCCCUUCAUUUGAGUGGAGCGGGCAAUGCCAACGUGUGUCGUUAGGUCUCUGCCGGCGAAGAAGGAAUCGCCGUCGGAUCUGCUGCGGCUUUAGCUCCCGACGAUGUCAUAUUCUCUCAAUACAGGGAACAGGGAGUGAUGAUGUACCGUGGGUUUACACUCGACGAGGUAGACCUCUUGAUUUAAUAGAGUUCAGUGAGGCGUGCCCUUAGCUCUAAUCGGCCAUAGUUCAUGAACCAACUCUUUGCAAACAAAUUUGACUACGGGAAAGGCAAGAAUAUGCCCAUUCAUUAUAUGAGUGAGAGACUGCAUAUGGUAUAACCCCACUGCACCACCGAAUUUCUCCGGCUACUGACACUACUGCUGCAGCAUCCAAUUUCCUCCCCUCUGGCUACCCAGAUUCCCCACUCUGUAGGCGCAGCAUACGCCCUAAAACUCGAUCAAUCCUCCCGCAUCGCCGUUUGCUUCUUCGGGGAGGGUGCUGCCUCAGAGGGUGACUUCCAUGCAGCGUUGAACAUUGCUGCCACACGCUCCUGCCCGGUACUAUUUAUUUGCCGGAAUAAUGGAUUCGCAAUUAGUACCCCAACUCUUGAACAGUACAAGGGGGACGGCAUCGGUAGUAGGGGUGUUGGAUACGGGAUUGACACUAUCCGGGUGGACGGAAACGAUGUGGGUGUAACCUUCGGGGAGAGCGGAUUCAUCCUCUAUAUAGGUGUUUGACGAGAAGGUGCGGUAGAUUAUGGCAGUCCGAGAAGUCACAAUGAGAGCCAGGGACAUAGCCCUCAAGGAACAAAAGCCUGUGCUUAUUGAGGCCAUGUCUUACCGCGUCUCACACCAUUCCACUAGCGACGAUUCAUUCGCCUAUAGAGCUAAAGUUGAAGUUGAAGGCACUCCCUCCUCGACCCCCCCCCCGCUCACUCUCCGAAUCUCACUGACCUAAUGCCGACAGACUGGAAACGCCGUGACAACCCCAUCACUAGGUAUUCCGCCACUCUUCCCCACUCCCUGUCCCUGUAUCCAGGAUAACAGCGUCUCCACAGAAUGCGCAAAUGGCUAGAAUCCAAAUCCUGGUGGUCGGGCGAGCAAGACCAAGAACUCCGCAUUCAAGUCCGCAAGGACAUCCUAAAGGCCUUCGCCCGCGCUGAAAAGGAGAAGAAGCCAGCGCUCGAGAACCUCUUCUUGGACGUCUACAAGGUCCCAAGCCGUGAUCUGGAGGAGCAGAUGGCGGAGCUCAGGAGGAUUAUUGAUGAGUACCCGGAUGAAUAUGACCUUGAAGCGUUCGAUCGGGGGAGGGAAGGUUUGUAGGGGGUUUCGAUGGAUAGAAAUUUGAUUUUUUUUAUAAUAUCACACCCCCUUCUUCCGCUGGGUUGUGGCUUUUCCGCUUUCUUUCUUUCUUUUUCUCGCGAUCCUUUGCUGGUGCCUUUUUUUCCCUUUUUUCCUUAUUCCCCUCCCUUUUGUGUGUUUGAUGUCUAUUAGGCACUAGAUGGGGUGCUUUUGGUUUCACAACGCACAAUACAGUUACUCAUGGAUAU